AACACUUGUGUGUGGCGUGUGUUUGACGUGACACUCCCCCCUUGUCGAUGGGAGGCCGACGUCACUCUGCCAGCGGAGGAGUGGAUGGCCUGUGUAAUAAAAAUACAUGAAGAGAAUUGAGGAAAAGGAGAAGAUUGGCCGAGGGGAGAAAGCAACAACACGCCGUGUAUUCCUCUCCGCUCGCCCCGCCGAGCAGCCGUGGACGUGUCGUGGACGCCUUGUGAGAGCAGCUGAGAUACAUUUGCGUCGCGGCAUCGACAGCUCCAGCUGAAAAGCCAUGUUAUGUGUGGCUUUCUUGGGUUUUUGAGCAGACAGAGAGAGAUAACUGUACUGUAUCCCAGCCUAGCGGAUUGGAGUGAAAGUCCGCCAUAUUCUGCCUUACCACGCCCGGGAGUGGAGCCAUUGGAAAAUAAACGGACAGCUUUAUUCAUGUGUUGUUCCCGUGGCCCUCACCCACGGACGACCACUUGAAAACGGGGGAUUUUUGCUGAUUGAAAAAAUAGCAACAUUGAGGACUUUGAAGGGAGGGUGUCCGGGCACGGAUGGCAACGCUUAACGAGAUCCCAGCACGGAGGAUGUGUCUUAAAAGGAUCUGUUGAUCAUAUUGAGAAGGAAAAGCAGAUUACACCAAUUAAGAUUGCACAGAUAUUCAACUCAGCAAGCUUUGGGGGACUAUUUUGAGGCUGGAAGCCCAGAAAGCGAAGGGAAACGGGGGGAGGGGGGGGUCAAUAAUUUCUCAAAUAUCUCAUUUUCCUUUCCACCACAAUCUGUGCGCUGUGCACGGGCUCAUUAUAAAGGGCGUCCACGCGUUAUUUCACCAUACGUAGGCCUGUAUGAGGACGUUAUUUGGCUCUCACAGGCCUCUGCUUUUUGUGUGUUUUUUUUUUAACCCAAUCUGAAAUCUGAAUGAGUCAGUGAGAGGGGAAAAAAGCGGAGUUUUGUUUAAAUCAAAGAGGAGUGAGAAUGACCCUGGAGUCCAUAAUGGCGUGUUGCCUCAGCGAGGAGGCGAAAGAAGCCAGGCGGAUCAACGACGAGAUCGAGAGGCAGCUCCGCCGGGAUAAGAGAGACGCACGCCGGGAACUGAAACUGUUGCUUCUCGGCACUGGGGAAAGUGGGAAGAGCACAUUCAUCAAACAGAUGAGGAUUAUCCACGGCGCUGGUUACUCUGACGAAGACAAGAGGGGUUUCACCAAACUGGUCUAUCAGAACAUCUUCACAGCCAUGCAGGCCAUGAUCCGAGCCUCAGAGACCCUCAAGGUCCCCUUCAAAUAUGAGCACAAUAAGGGCAACGCCAACAUCGUGAGAGAGGUGGACGUAGAAAAGGUCUCCAUGUUCGAGAAGCCUUAUGUAGAUGCAAUCAAGAGUUUAUGGAAUGACCCGGGCAUCCAGGAAUGCUACGAUCGGAGGAGGGAAUACCAACUCUCAGACUCCACUAAAUAUUACCUGAACGCGUUGGACCGGAUCGCUGAGCCGUCUUACCUUCCCACCCAGCAGGAUGUGUUGAGGGUUCGAGUCCCCACCACAGGCAUCAUUGAGUACCCGUUUGACCUGCAGAGUGUCAUAUUCAGGAUGGUGGAUGUCGGAGGUCAGAGGUCGGAGAGGAGGAAGUGGAUCCACUGCUUCGAGAACGUCACAUCCAUCAUGUUCCUGGUGGCGCUCAGCGAAUACGACCAAGUUUUGGUGGAAUCGGACAAUGAGAACCGGAUGGAGGAGAGUAAAGCUCUGUUUAGGACAAUAAUCACAUACCCCUGGUUCCAAAACUCCUCGGUCAUUCUCUUCCUCAACAAGAAGGAUCUGUUGGAGGAGAAGAUCAUGUACUCUCAUCUGGUCGACUACUUUCCAGAGUAUGACGGUCCCCAGAGGGAUGCCCAAGCAGGGCGAGAGUUCAUCCUCAAGAUGUUUGUGGACCUGAAUCCAGACAGUGACAAGAUCAUCUACUCUCACUUCACCUGUGCCACUGACACAGAGAACAUCAGAUUCGUCUUUGCUGCCGUCAAAGACACCAUCCUGCAGCUCAACCUAAAGGAGUACAACCUGGUGUAGAGCGGGGGAGCGGGGUUGCCAACAGGAGGCCCUGAACACACACACACUGACUGACAUAAUCUGUGAAGAGAUAGAUCAUAUACACACACAUGAAAAGAAAAUCAGAGAAAAAAAAUCGAAUGGUUGCAUAAUACUAAUUUAUUUGCCAUUUGUUGAUCUCUUGGUCCCCAAGGGGUGAGCAAAGUAAAUGUUAUCUUGCUAUUUAAGGAGUUGACGAAAUAUACGAGGGGUGGGGGGUGGAAGGGGGGGGUCAAGAUAUUUGGAAGGGUCAGCGAGGGACUUGCUGUUGAAUAUGUACAGCAACAAUCCUCAUUUCUAGGCUUUGCGCAUUGUGAAGUUUUGUUGUUGUUUUUUUUGACAGAAAGAAAGGAACUAAUUUGUGCACUUGAGGUUUGGGGGGUUGUUUUGUCCGUCAGUCUGAUACAUCAGAGCUGGACCGAAUGCAAUGUGCUCCCUGCCUCCUGCAUUUUUAUAAACAAGAAAAAUGUUUUCAUUCCUUAUUUUAAUUUUUUUUUUACCCUCCCUCCUUAUCUGUCGUCCUGGGCACUCACCUGUUGGCCCAACAGGAAAUGAUGUAACAGAUCUCGUACUGAGAGCUUCCAUUUUGCUUAAAGGACUGAUUGGCAAGUCACUUGAUAAAUACGUAUAAACUGUGAUUUUUAAAUUAUUUCAUAUUGAUUUGGUAUUGACUGACUUAAAUCAUUAUCACAUUGCAUUGACUUUGGUACCAUCCAACGAGUAGAGCACGUGUGACCGUGGAUUUGCCACAUUGUGGGGGGUGAAAUAUCAACGAAGUUUGAGAGAAAUUGGCUUUAAAAACGCACUCUGAUCUUCGAGCAAGCAGGUGAGGGUGCACAGGGGGACCUCCGCUCUGCUACGUCAUGAAAAUCACAAUGGUUGCUUUACACAAACUGGAGGGAGAUGAGGAUGUGAUAAUUUAUGAGACAUUGUUGUUAAAUGAUUAUGUUCAACUGUGCCACAUUAACGCUUUUUAUUAUUACGGUAAUAUGUGUACUUAUUGCCAAUGCCAAAACAACUCAAGCACCGGACUCCAUUUUGCGCUGUUUACUACUCAAAUGAAAAGUGUUGAAGAGCGGAAAAGAGCAUCACUAAUGAACAAUCAACCGACUGAUUCCUGCAAGUAUUCGACAAAGUCAACGGUAUU